AUGAAAAUUGCAAUCAAGGACCAGUCUCGCAUUCACACGCCCUACGUUAUUGAUCGGGGGUAUAGAUUCCCUGAGCCUGCUCUUCUUAUCGGCCCCAAACUGGCUGAACGUCUGCAAGUAUACCUUGCCAAUUGGCUUGCAUGUUGUGCGCUGUGGGUAGGCCGAGUCGACCACGAUCCUCCACGCACUUAUCCCACUCCUCAACUAUGGCGCGACUUCCUUGGUACUACCGAGAAGCGGAAGCAGGUGAUGCGGGAGUUCGGCGAUGAUGUGCUAGAAUCUCAGGGCGAUGUAUUUUCCCCAGAUGGAGUUGUGGAAUUUCGGGGUGAACAAUUUUCUGUCGCCAGUCUUACUAAUCCUUCCGCACUUCUAGCUCAGAAGGUCACAUGGGAGCUGUUUGAACUCGGCUUUCGAUACGAGUUGAGGGAUCUUGACCGUCACUUGGCACGGAGAGAAUGGAAAGAUGAUCCAGCUGGUCGCGAGCAACUCCUCCAUGGCAUCUUCCCGGGCGACGCUGGUCUAGUGAUGUGGUCAGAGCCGUUUCCGUCGGAACACUACGGGUUGUGGGAUAAACACCCUGCAGGGCUGUCUUCCUUACUUGGAGAAUUUUCGCCUACUGCUUUGCGAUUGGGAUGGCGUUGCCGCCUCUUCUUACGACCCCCCGCUGACAUCAGACAACUUCAUAGAUACAAAAUCUUGGGAAGUCAAGCGUGUGGCGACGGCAUUUUAUGUGCAGACAUUUUUUGA